UUAGUAGUGAGUGAUCACAGUGCUGGGCCGGGUCGGGCCGGGCCGCUCCACUCCACUCUGCAGUUUGCCAAGUCUCCGUCAUUGGCUGUGCAGGGCUUCAGGAGGCGGGGAGAAGCUGCCGGAUUCACCAGGUUGACAGCGGGACGGGCGUUGCUUUGUGCUGGGCUGAGCCACACCACACCUCCGUUGUCCCGGUCCUGUCCCAGUCUGAAUACCGGGCAGGGCGGCGAGCUGGCCAUGGGUCCAAGAGCCGGCAUCGCCGCGUUUCUCUUGUCCCUCUGCGCGGUCCCCGUCUCUCACUUCAUCAACAACCUACAUGGCGUGGACAGUCCCGAGGUGGUGUUUGCUGCUGGUGUUGCUGUUCUCCUGGGUCUUCUCCUCGUGCUGUACCUGCUGGUGGGAAGCAGUCGCCCCAAGGACCCCCUGUUUUACGUUUUUGCAGUGUUCUCGUUUACAAGUGUCAUCGAUUUAGUUAUCUCCCUGGAGCAGGAUGGCUACAUCAAAGGAUUUAUGACAUUUUACAUGAAAGAGGGGGAGCCCUAUCUCCGCAGUGCCCACGGGAUCCUGAUCUGCUACUGGGAUGGCACGGUCCAUUACGUGCUGUACCUGACCAUGAUUGGUGCAAUAACACUUGGGUGGAAUUACCGAAGUGUCGGACUCUACUGGCUGGGUUCCCUAGUGAUGAGCCUCAUCACCCUCUUACUUGGGACGUCCGUGGGUAGAUAUGGAAGUGAAAUUCGCCCGGCCUUCCUGUUGAAUAUUCCGUAUGUACUGCUCCCAAUUUGGGCUGGAAAGAAAAUUAUUGGCAGGCCCAGAUCCCUGCCGUCGGCAUCAGCUGAUCAGGUUGCCAAAGACCAGGCAAGGUGGCUGUAUCGUCGGCCUGUGGAUGUGUGCCUCAUGCUUUACCUGACGUUUGCCAUUAUGUACACGCUGCUCAGGGGCUUUGUCGCCCUCGAUUGCUCCUUGGAUUUCUGCGACACUUACAAAUACGAUCUGGAGCCUUACCUGCUGGAUCCAGUCAUGUACCCCCAGAUCCAGAUGCUGGUGAAUAUGUUCUACCUCCUGCCCUUCUUUGCCCUGGCCCUGUACGGCCUGAUUGUGCCUGGCUGUGCGUGGAUGCUUGAUCUCACCGUGGUGUUUGCUGGAGCCAUCGCUCAGGCUCAGUUUGCCCACGUGGGGGCAUCACUGCACCCGCGCACCUCCUUCACGUACCGGGUCCCCGACCACGCCCUGUCCGACUUUCUCUACGCCAACGCCAUCUUUGCCAUCGGUGCCCAGAUCCUGGCGCUACGCUGCGUUAUUCGCCCCGGGUUCUUCCACAAAGGAGUGCCCCAAAACAGCCAGGAAACGGAGAAGAAAGUUAACUAAGAGGGCGGACUGACUACAACAUUGGCUGACGGACGCUGGCGGCUGGCUCAGACCGGUGACGCCAUUACAUCGCUACAUCCACCUAGACCUACCUGAUCUCCCUGUCCCCCUCCCAUUCCCGCACAGACCUCUCUGUCCUGGGCCUCCUCCACUGUCAGAGUGAGGCCCAGCGCAACUUGGAGGAACAGCACCUCAUAUUUCGCUUGGGUAGUUUACACCCCAGCGGUAUGAACAUCGACUUCUCUAACUUCAAGUACCCCUUGUAUUCCCUCUCUCUCCAUCCUUCCUCUCCCUAUAUUGGCUAUAUUUAAGAGGGAGUUAGAUGUGGCCAUUGUGGCUAAGGGGAUCAGAGGGUAUGGAGAGAAGGCAGGUACGGGAUACUGAGUUGGAUUAUCAGCCAUGAUCAUAUUGAAUGGCGGUGCAGGCUCGAAGGGCCGAAUGGCCUACUCCUGCACCUAAUUUCUACGUUUCUAUGUUUCUAUCAUAGUUCUCCGACUGUUCCCCUGAUUAAUUCUUACCUCUGUGUGCUUCGUUGUCAACUUCUCCUAGCUAACAAUGAUCUAUUCUAUAUUCUUGUGCUUCAUCCCCUUUGAUGUCUCGUUUUCACACCUUGCACGUCCUUGUCUCUGUAUCUCCCUCUCCCCUGACUCUCAGACUGAAGAAGUUGUCUCAACCCGAAACGUCACCCAUUCCUUCCAUCCCGAGAUGCUGCCUGUCCCGCUGAGUUGCAACAUCCACCCGACUCCGUGGUCACUCCCCUCCAAUCCUCCGAGUCAGAGCUCACAGAUUGCUUUGGUUAUAUUUGUCCAUUGCCACCAGCAUUCACUGCCCACCUCCAAUUCUCCAACUGAAGACACAGGCAAGAAUCCUAUGCGUUGGUGGGUCACAUGAAGACCAGAGGCAGUAACUCAGAGAGUCAAUGCAGCAUCUUUGGAGAAAAGUGCCUAUUGCUAUUCUCCAGAGAUAGAAAAAUAGAUGCAGGAGUGGACCAUUCGGCCCUUCGAGCCAGCACCGCCAUUCAAUACGAUCAUGGCUGAUCAUCCAACAUCAGUACCCCGUUCCUGCUUUCUCCCCACAUCCCUUGAUUAUGUUAGCCCUAACAUCUAUAUCUAACUCUCUCUUGACACUGUCCAGUGAAUAGAUGCUGCCUGACCCAUCGAGUUACUCCAGCACUUUGUGUCCAUAUUCGGUGUAAACCAGCAUCUGCAGUUCCUUCGUGCAUAUUUAGGCUGGAGUGGACAAGUGUUCCUUUCCAGAAAUCUCACUCAACACAUCAGCCUAUAAAACCUCCGCACCACCGCAGUAUAGACCGCACGUUUGCCGAUGUCGUCUCGUGGUUAGAGGCACUUAAACAAGUCCUUGGCGGUUCCCCCUAGUGGACACUCAUGGUCCUGAUAAAGUCAUAAGUGAUAGGAACAGAAUUAGGCCAUUCGGCCCAUCAAGUCUUCUCCGCCAUCCAAUCAUGGCUGAUCUAUCUCUCCCUCCUAACCCCAUUCUCCUGCUUUCUCCGCAUAACCCCCGGCACGCGCACUAAUCAAAAAUCUAUCUACCUCUGCCUUAAAAAUAUCCACUGACUUGUGGCCUCCACAGCCGUCUGUGGCAAAGAAUCCCACAGAUUCACCACCCUCUGACUAAAGAAAUUCCUCCUCAUCUCCUUCCUAAAGGAACAUCCUUUAAUUCUGAGGCUGUGACCUCUGGUCCUAGACUCUCCCACUAAUGGAAACAUCCUCCCCACAUCCACAUCCUGCAACCAUUUUCAAAUUACUUUGAAGAACAGGAUCAAUCUCUUCCAAGUGCGCUGGAAAAUAUCUCGCGAUCCACGUCAUCCAAGUAAAUGAUUUGAUCUCCAUCAAUGUUGCUGUUCGUGGGAAUUUGACACACACACACUGUCCACGACAACUACUGAAUCUCAAUGACUAGAAAAAUAUUACAGUACAUAUUAAAGGAUUUAUAUAUUUUAAUUAUGAAUGGAUAUUAUAAUUGAAUUGUUAAAGGAAUUGGAUAAGUACUUCAAUGAGAAAAAAAACUAAUCGCAGGGCAAUAGAAGGGACUAACUCGAUUAUUCUUACAAACAGUUAGCCUGGAGUUGAAGUUUUCACUUUAGUGAAAUGACAAUUCUUUGAUUCUAAGAUUGCUCUAGGAAUCAAUUUGAUCUUGAUUAUAUUAUAUCAACUAUCUUUAUAUGUAC